GCGAGCGCGAAGAUGCUACAACAUUAGUUCUUCUGCUUUCGGCACAGUCUAAGCCUAAAGGGAGAAGGAGCAGUGAAAGUGCAACGCUAGCUGAUUUGUUUCGAACAAUCCCAUCAACCAAUUUUUGCACGAUGAAGUGUGUUGCAUUGUUGGCAUUCGCCAUGUUUGGCUACGCUAUGGCUCAGGGCCAGGGCAUCAUCCCGAACGAUGGUCGUUACUAUCCGGAGUACUACGAGACCAAGUGGGAUGAUGGUCGCUGGCGUCCUGACGGUCGCGGCAAGUACGACGAUGGCAAGUACCGUCCGGGCAGCCCGGGUAAGGUAGGAGGAUCGGGCGGAUUCGGCGGUGCGGGAGGUGCUGGUGGAUUCGGUGGUGCUGGCGGUGCUGGUGGAUUCGGUGGUGCCGGUGGAUUCGGAGGUGCUGGCGGUGCUGGUGGAUUCGGUGGUGCUGGCGCUGCUGGUGCUGGUGGUAGCCGAUUCGGUAGCGGAUCUGGAAGUGGCAACGCUGGAGCUGGUGGAUUCGGUGCUUCGGGCUUCGGUGGUGAUAGCGGCAGCUCGUUCUCGGCCGGUGCAUUCAACGAUGGCGGUGCUGGAGGUGCCUCGGCCUCGGCUGGAUUCGGAGCGGGCGGUGCCGGUGGUGCUGGAUUCGGAGCUGGUUUCGGUGCUGGCGGUGCUGGCGGUGCUGGUGGUGCUGGAGGUUCGCGUUUCGGUGCCGGAGGUGCUGGCGGUGCUGGUGCCGGAGCCGGUGGCGCUGGAUCGGGAUCGCGUUUCGGUUCGGGCUCGGGCUCUGGAUCGGGUACGGCCUCGCGCUUCGGAAACAACGGUGGAGACGCCGGAUACGAAAAGAUCAAGGAGCAGGUGAAGCAGUUCAACGAUGACGGAUACUACUACAAGUACGCCAACGAGAACAACAUUGAGGCCGCCGAGUCGGGCAAGAUCGAUGACCGCAACACCGAGAACGAGACGCUGCGCGCCAAGGGCUACUACGAGUACGUCGGUGACGAUGGCCAGAAGUACCGCGUGGACUACACCGCCGACGAGAACGGAUUCCAGCCGGUCGGUGACCAUCUGCCGACGCCACCGCCGACGCCCGAGCCGAUCGCUCGUGCUUUGGAGUACAUUGCCAGCCAGCAGCGAAAGUAGGCGGCUCUCGGAAGCUGGGGUUAGCCAUGGCAGUCAGUCAGGGUUGAGAAUCAGUCAAAGUAAGUCAACGGGGAACGCGCAAGGGUUUUACCGUAAGGGAUGCAACAAAUUUUCCAACGAUCGCACGUACGAUCCUGCCACAAAUGAACUGUGUUCUACUGUAAAUUAUUAGUUUUCGACAUCGAAUAAAACGACCGUUAAGUGAAUUUUUUAACUA